UGGUCGGGGAUAGACCACUCUAGACUCAUUAGAUUCGACGAGGCCCCUUGGGUCGCUGGUUAGUUUAGCUUAGAACGUCGUCGAGUGCAGUCCGCGCUCGCCGGGAGUCCCAGCGCUAGGCAGAGCCAGAGCUUCAUCCGGCUGGUGGUGGACUUUUGUGAGGAAGCUAGCUAUCUUCCUUCCUCAGUAUUAACCUGCCGCAGUUUCCGGCGGGUAGGUCAAAGCGUUUUGGUCGUCGGUCGGUCGGUCGGUUUGAUCGUUGCGGGCCUGCGUCCCGCUCGAGAGUUCCGGUUCCGUUUACGGUGUGUGUUUUAUGUAAUCUUGUGUGUGGGUGGGACGGACGGACGGUACCCGGUGGCAGUUUCUAUUAAUGGAUUUCCAGUGGUGAACAAGUGACAACAAAAAAUCGGAUAAAAUGAAUAAAUUUUAUGCGAUUUUUAUGCUAAUCAUUCUGAUCGCCCUCACAGUUGAGCCGGGUCAUGGUAUCAAGUGCUACAACUGUGAUUCGACCAGCAAUGAGGACUGCACGCAGAUCAAGAAAAACUCCGGAAUCAUCUCGGAGAUGUGCACUCCCAGCAUAAUGGCAUCGACUACAGGCAAUUGGCUCGCGGAUUUGACCCGGAUUGAGUACUUUGGCGGGGCGGAGAUUACGGUACCAAUGGUAUGCCAGAAGAUUGUGGCCUCCAAUGAAAACGGUGACACAAUGACGUACCGCGGUUGCCAGUUGGACGGAGGCAAGACGGAUCCCUGUCAGAUCGCAUUCGGCAAGGCACAGAAGCAGCGUGGCGUUAACAUCGAGCACUGUUCGAUCUGCAAGGAUGACGAUUGCAACGGUGCCAUCAGCAGAGUCCUCGGAGGACGCACCGCGCUAGCCCUUGCCACGGGAGCCACUCUGCUGGCCACGGUCCUCAACAAUAGAAUAUUCGUUUAAGGUUGUGUAAGCUUGUGGUAGGCGAUGCAUGUUUCAACGCUAGAGAAUAGAUCGGUUUUUAUAUGACAUACAAUGAUAUUCACGUUUAGCGAAAAUAAUAUGAAAAGUUAUUAUACUAAUAAAAACAAAAACACUUACUGUGUAAAUAACCAACUUGUAGAGUGUAGAUUCGCUUGAUCUUUAUAAAUUAAUCCAUAAUAUGGUUAUUGCAGUGUUCUUGAAUGUCUUUAGAAUUUCAAUAGUUAUUAAAAGUAAACAUAUAUGCAUCACUGGUGAAAAAUCGAUAAACAAGCCCAAUAUAGAAGUAAGCGAAUUAUUAAGAUAUUGAAUUACGAGGUACGAAGGUUCAUCGUAAACACGUCACGUAUAUAUUGAAAUAUAUUUAAUUAACCGAUAAAUAUAUUCACGCAUAUGCCUUCAUUGUGAGCCCGCAAGGGAAAUGUACAUUUUAUUUGUUAUGUUAAGACAACUCGUUCGGUACAUGGUGUCUACUGUAAGCACGCAGAUGCUGAAAUGGUGAUUCAAAACGCUAUAAACAUAUAAAUAAAAUCACCUAACGUUAGGCAGAUUACUGUUUGUAACAUACGAAUAAUCACAGAUUAUACUUAGCUGUACUAUAAACAUUAAGGAAAAGAAAUUAAUCUAAACCGCUCGGAUUUUUUAGACGAUAGUCAAAAAAAAAAAAAAAAAAAUAAAAAAAAACAUUCACUGACGCAUAUCUGCUGAUCAGAGUCAAUGGUAAGUUUAAAAUCUCAUCUCAAAUCAAAAUACUCCACUAUGGUUUAUUUCGUCUUUGCACCUACAGCAAAAUAUGUUCCGCUAUUGGAAAGAAAAAAAGAAAUCAAAACAGAAUCAAAUAUCUACCGUUAUCUCUAACCAACCCAGUUUCUCAUUGAAUUUUGAACAUACUUGCACCUAAACGAAUUCUAGACUCAUGCAACUACAAUAGACGAUAAGAGUUUGUUUGAAAGCAUCACUUUUUCUUAGCAUUUCUAACCGAAUAAAAAAACUUGAAAUAACUAACUAACAAUAUGCAAUAUAAAAUAUAGUAACAUUUGACAAAUAAUGGAAUAAUGGUUAGUGAAAGUAGAACGAAGCAGAAGUAGGCAGUCUAUGUAAAGUGGAAAUAGGCAAACUUUGUAUUAGGACUAACCACAGAGUGACAGAGCAGGCUGGAUGGCAUUCGCAAUGUUAAUGACAGCGUCACACUGAAAGGAAACAAAAAAAUCAACGUAUUGUCUAAAUUUCCUAUAAUAGAGUUAAAAGCUGUAACAAUCCCCAGAAAACAAAAAAACAAACAAACAAACAAACCGUCUAAGUGAGAAAAAAAAAUCAAACCCCUCUAACCGGCCUGGUUAAAAACAUUAAAAAAACGGAAAAGUCGUCGCACGAUAACUACGACAGCAACAAAGCCGGUCAGGAGAAUGAUGAGCAGAAAUAAAAUCACUGCACAUUUACAGAAGGUAAGACCACAACAACAACAAAAAAAGCACACCAAAUCAAGGC